CAUGGUUAAAUCUCGUGGCUCAGACUCGACCGCCAUUCCUGCCUCUAUAUAUACACCUCUCUUCUUCUAACCUCUUCUCAUCAUAUUUCUUCGGGAGCUUUGAAUUGGGUCUUUCUUUUUCUUUGAGCACUAGAGCGUAUCAAACAACCGGAUCAAGCGAGAGCAGCUGUUUAAACUUCAGGUCUUAACAGUUUUCAAGUUCCUACAAAGCAAGGUACAUGGUUGACAUAGACGUCCAGAUCCCAACUACCUUCGACCCAUUUGCAGACGCGAAAGACACUGAUGCACCUGGAGCCAAAGGUUAUGUUCAUAUUCGUAUACAACAGAGGAAUGGAAAGAAGAGCCUGACGACAGUGCAAGGUCUGAAGAAGCAAUUCAGCUACGAGAAGAUCCUCAAGGACCUGAAGAAGGAGUUCUGCUGUAAUGGGAAUGUUGUUCAGGACAAAGAGCUGGGUAAGAUAAUUCAGCUUCAAGGUGACCAGCGGAAGAACGUUUCUCACUUUCUUGUUCAGGCUGGGAUUGUGAAGAAGGACCAAAUCAAGAUUCAUGGUUUCUAAGUCCUCUUUGAUUUCUUGAACUGUCAAGUGUGGUUUCUUUAUGUUAUAGUUCAACUGCUCCUUGCCUAGAGGAUCAAGUUGUUUGCUCUCUCUGGAUGUUCUUCUAAUUUUAUAUCUAAGCUAUGUUUGAAUGUAAUGAAGUUAAAGUAUUGAUAAAUGACAAUAAGAAGUUUGUUUUUCAAGUCUAA